UGUUUGCGCAUUAUUCCUCGCAUCCGCCAUUUCCAUCAUGUCAUCUUUAUUUUGUCGACAAAUACAAAUAUUCCGUACUAGAACUUUGGCUUCCAAUAGAAAUUUCCAUUUUUCCUUUCAUCUCUGUUUAUGGAAUCUUUAUAGACGUAUAAACGGAAGCGAAAAGGCGUGAUCUGGCUGACAAAAAAAGGUUUGACCAACUGUAUUCUGUGCUCCACAUUAAAUAUGACAACAAUGUGCCCAGGUGGACUGUUCCCUAUUUGCGGCUAACUUCGGUCUAAUGUUUUGACAAGAUGUGAAUGAUCUUUUGACGUACAUAUUCAACUUCAAAAUUGAAGUGUUUUAUAAAAACCGGGUUGCUGAAUUGUAGCGUACUAAUUGACCGAGAAAAAUGUCCUCGAGAGUGUUGAGGAAGUUGCAAGGUGACAAGGACUUAAUUGACGAAAUCUCCGAUACGGAGACCGACACUCCUGUCAGCAGUGGCGCAAGAAAAAAGCAACUAAACAUUAACCGCUAUGAUUUAUUGAAUCAACAAUCCCAUUCUGAAAGUGAAGUCAAAGAAGAUGACAAUGAAACGGAAGCGGCCAAAUCAUGCGAGGGUGAACAAAACCAUGAGUCAGUCAAGAGAAAGAAGAAAAAGAAGAAGAAAAAGUCUGGCAAAAAUGUAAACGCGCAAAGAAGCAGUGAAGACAACGCCGACAUUGACGAAGUCGAAAGGUCAGUUCGGGAAGUGAACAGAUUGUUGGGGGAAAAUUAUGUCCCGAAAGCUGCGAUACCUACGAACGUCAAACACGACAAAAACAGUCACAGGAAGAACAUUUUGUCAGUGCAACAUAAACAUCUGAAUCCUAACAAUGAAUUGAAAAGAAUAUUUGGCUCAAAAAUUAUUCAAAGUGAACAUAAAAGAAAGAACAGAGGUAGUGGGCGCGGCCACGUUAAGGCGACAUGGAUGGUAAACUGCAAAGAGAACUGGCCUCAGGUUGGAAAGUCAGGCGUGUCAAUGAGUCUAGUCGAAACGGUGAAUGGAGUCCAAUAUUUCGUGUUUGAGCACAGCACAUCCUAUCGCCAGGUGCAAAUCAAAUUUCUGGAGGCAGUCGAAAGCCUGAAUCCCGAUAACAUUGUGGCGAUCAUUAAUGAGCAUCCGUAUCAUGUGGACGCUUUGGUGCAGCUGUCUGAUUUGUGCAAACUUAGCGAGGAUUUGGCGAUGGCAGCUGAGUUAAUAGAGCGUGCGCUCUAUUGUUUGGAAUACGCGUUUCAUCCGUUGUUUAACGUCGCUCAAGGCAACUGUAGGCUCGAUUACAGAAGACAGGAGAAUAGGUCUCUGUUUAUAACAAUAUUCAAACACUUGGCGUUUGUGGGUGGUAGGGCGUGUUGCAGAACCUCCCUUGAGUUCUGUAAGUUGCUCCUGCUUUUGGAUCCGGACGGCGAUCCUGUUGCCAUCAAAUUGGUCAUAGAUUACUAUGCGUUACGUGCGAAAGAAUACCAGUGGCUGAUUGAUUUCGUGGGCGAAUGGGACAGUACCAAGAACUUGCUGCAACUUCCCAAUUUUGCAUAUUCGUUAGCGGUCGCACAUUUUUAUAACGGCGACACCGCAAAAGCUGACAAUCUACUGCAGGAGGCUUUGCUUAUGUUCCCCGGUGUUUUAAUUCCAUUGUUAGAGAAAUGUGCGGUCCAAAUAGAUAACAGGGUAGCCACACAUCCAUUUUUCGUCGUUAACGAAAAGAAGCAGCCAGAGUCGUUGAACACACUUGUUCUUCUAUAUGUUAAUCGUAGUUUUCAUAUUUGGAAGGACAGCGAUUUGCUUCCAUGGAUGGAGAAGAACGUACACGAAGCUUUGGAUCGGGUUGAAAGGAAGGAGCCUACGAUUGCGGAAUACGAGAUUAAAAGAACCAAACUUUACUCAGGAUCAUUGCCCAGAAGUAUAUCUAGGCAUAUCAUUUUAUCUGACAUCAAAGGAGUUUCACCAGUACCUGAUGACACAAGCGGGCCGUUAAUGAGUUUCGACCCACUACCUCCUAAAGAUUCCAUCAAUUUGUAUACCAGGCCUAAAAGACCAACUUUGCCCAACAAUUACUCAUCUAAUCCUCUGAGUGUCUUUUUUAGAUCACUCUUACCUAAUUUCAACCCCAACAACAUUCCACCAAUCAUGUUAGAACCUGGACCAGCAAACGCAGAUGGCGCAGCAGCCUUACCAGAUGCUGUUAAUAACGAGAAUGCGGGUGAGAUGAUGAGAAGCGUCGCCUCUUUAGUUGAUGCCAUGAGAGACCUUUUAAACAACAUUCGACCUAAUGAAGCGGAUAUCGACGAAAAUGACGAUUCCGCCGACGAUGACCUAACAUAAACACCAUUUUGGUUUAAAAAUUUCCUUACUUCCUUAUUGUUAAAUAUAUGAUUAUAUAUUAUAACUGAAAUAUAAGAGCUUUAUAUAACCAGUAA